CUUAUGAUAAUUAUUACAACGAGAUAAAACAUAAAGAGCUUUUUUAUCAGAAUGAGGCAAACUUCGGUCAAAAAAUAAUUUCAUAAUUUUACUGUCUCUGUGUCUUGGCGAACCUCAUAAAACUUUUUUGUACAUUCAUUAAGCAACUGCCGCUGUCGCGUUCAUUCCAACAUGUUUCGACUUUCACUUUAAACGCAAUUAUAAAUAGAUGAAUAUCCAGAAAAGAAAGCAUAUGAAUCAUACGAGAUUACUAAGAGUUUCGCGCAAAUCAUGAUAUACCGUAUUUUCUCUUUUGAGUGUGCAAAUCCUUAAGCGCAGUACAAUCGGCUAAGUGCAAGGGCGUGUCCACUUUGUAGUGUUGUUACAAUGUAGCAGUACGCACACCUGCGGCUCUUCGACGGAAACAGAAUGAUGUCUCGAUUGUGUGCCACGACCCAGAAUCAACGGGAACUGAACUAAACGCGCGAACGCUCUCAGCACCGUUAUCACAUUGAAUCACAAAUGUGUUGGUGCGAGCCGGAGGAGUGAGGCCGCGUCUUGAAGACGCUCGUCGUGUAAUCGGUCGCUGAACCGUUUGUUUACCGCAGCCGGUGCGCCAGCCGCCAGCAGCCACUAGGUGUAGGUCAGGAAGCAGUGGAGGGGGCCCGGCGCCGGCCACCAGUCCGACGCCGACGACAGCCGCGAGCGCAUCCACCGCGCAGACAUGGACCUGCAUCGGUCAAGCUGCGCCUAACCGGUUCCGAACACCGAAAGUGACAGAGUUUCCAUAGUUGUGAACAAACAUGAAAAGCCAUCGGUGAUUUAUGCGGAAAUAAGCAAAAACAGAGUGACAGUGUUAGAAUUUAGUGAGCAGCUUCAUACAUAAAUCAAAGGAUUAUUUUGCUGUCAAGAUUUUUCCUAAAAAUGGGGGAAUCAAAUCGUGGAAGGAGUCUUCGAGCUUGGCUGUCUUCUGCUUUGCUUAUGCUGAGCGUACACUGCGCAGGCGCACAGUGUCCGUGGGAAGGUGCACCGACGCUACAAAAUGCGUGUGUUUGCGUACACAACUUAGCCAGAGACUUAUCCGUCCAAUGUGAUCAGGUUGACUUUCCGACGCUUAUCUCUACACUAAAUAUGAGCACACGAAACAUGGUCAUCGAUCUUCUCUACAUAAACAAUUCAAGCAUUCCAACCCUCACAAACAAUUUGUUUGCAAGCCUCAAAAUUCAUAACCUUCAAAUAUCCGGAUGUGGAAUCAAGAAAAUUGAGGAUGAUGCUUUCCGAGGACAAGGCCCGUUCCUUAAAAACUUAAACUUACAAGACAACGAACUGGUCGAAGUUCCAGUUAAGGCACUCAAAAUAUUGAUAAAUCUAUCCCUCUUAGACAUUUCCAAAAACCGGAUCACUCAUAUAGAUAAUCAUUCCUUCAUAACUCUUCGUAAGUUAACAACACUAAAGGUAUCCGACAACAAUGUUACGUUGGCACCCCAAACGCUCAGCGGGUUAGAAAAUUCGUUAAAGAAUUUAAAUCUGAAAGGCACAAAGCAAAAAUCUGUCCCCGAAUGUAUUAGAGGCCUGCGGAGCUUAGCAUUCCUUGAUCUCUCACAAAACAGUAUACGAGAACUUCCAGGACCUGACGGUAGCAGGACGUUUGAGGGGUUAGAUUCAUUAACUGCACUAAACUUGGAACGCAACAUCAUAGUCAAUCUUAAAGACGAUGCCUUUGCUGGCAUAAAGACAACACUUAGUUCCUUAAGUCUUUUAAAUAAUUUAUUGCCUGAGUUCCCUACAAACGCAAUAGGAACACUUAGCGACUUGAGAGUACUAGAUAUUGGGUUUAAUUUACUAAAUAAGUUGCCGGUGGAUGCAUUCGCAAAUAAUCCAUCUAUUACGUUAUUGGCGUUAGAUGGUAAUCCUUUGCCUACAGUGCCGGAACAAGCAUUUUAUCAUCUAAAUCAAACUCUAAGAGGCCUUAGUCUCGGAGGCAGAUUCUUAAAUUGUGAUUGCCGCCUACGCUGGAUAAUUGAAUGGAUUCGUAACGGGGAAUUGCAAGUUACAUCGCGAGAAAGGAAUCCACAGUUCUGUGGCAACCCACCGCAGUUUAGAGAGCGAGGGUUUUAUAGUUUUGAACCAAGCGAAUUAGUUUGUGACUACGAUACACUUAUUACGACAGAAAAACAGACCACUACAAUCAAAGAUUUAAAUGAAAAGAAAAUAAGCUACGUUACGACAACUACAUCGACGACUACAAAGGCUCCAACGACAAGUACUAGCACAUCCUCAUCACCAAGCACUGAAACAAGCAACAAUAACGAAAUCCCUACAAAGCCAGCCCCUGUUCAGUCAAGUUCUACGACCAGCACAACCCGUCCCAGUCGCAUCCCUACCGUCCGGCCAGCCGCACCCACGUGGCGCCACGCACCGCACCAAAGACCUCCUCUUGUAAUGAGUUUUCCACAGCAAAAACCAAAAAUAGAUGAUUCUAAUGAAGUUAUAGUAAAGAACGCAUAUAGGAAAGACAAUUCUGUGAUUAUUCAUUGGGACUCUGAUGUAGCUAACAUACUCGGCUUCCGCGUCGUUUAUCGACUCUUUGGAGACAAAAGCUUUAAACAAGGACCACCUUUAGAAGCUAGCGAAAGAGAAUUUACGAUUCGAAAUGUUCCAUCCCAGGAAUGUAUCGUGGUCUGCGUGAUCUCCUUGGAGGAGGUUCACGUGAGUCCCGAAACAGUGCCGUAUUCUCAAUGCCGAGAAGUACGCACUGUUUCCGCCGCAGCUUCUAAUAUGGACAAGAUCACGAUAGCGGCCAGCGCCGCUAUUUGCAGCACUAUCGUCGUAGCCGUUCUCGUAUUUGCUGCGGCUUCACGUCGCCGCUCUCGCACCGUGCAUCGCCUGCACACUCAAACACCAAAAAAGAUGCCGAACCCGUGCUGCGGAGGUCUCACCGGCACCCCGAGCCCGAACGGCCCGCUGUCUUCGCUGGCUACGAUCGGCGCAUUCGGAAAGCAGCGUGAGUGGGAUCAAGUGUCGGCCUAUAGCGCACGUUCGAUCCCGCGUGCACGUUCCUAUACUGAACCAGCUCCUCCGGACCCACUACCUGGUCGCCCUGGCCGAGCUCGUUCCCUCGCUGAUGGUCAGUCUCAGCAUAGCUAUUCUCAUUCCGGUCGAUACGGAGUGCCCGGAUAUCCUAGUAGCCUUCUAGGAUCAAGAGCUGAUCUACGCCAAUCGCGUCAGUCUUUAGGAGCGGCAUCGGAACGAGCCUCCAGGUUAUCAUUGAGUGGAGCUGCGGGCGGAGCCACGGGCGGAACAGCAGGAUCAAGACGGCGACCGCGGUCUAGGUCACGCCCCGCCAGCCGAUAUAGUGUUGGAUCUCUAGGCAUGGGGUACUGCGACACCUCCGACAACUGGACCGAUCAUGAUAUGGACAUCUAUAUGGCACGAAACCCUACGACCCGCAGUGGACUAGUGCCUUUAUAGCGUGCGAAGGACCCGGCGCGAGAAGAACCUCUAUACUGCGGGCGCUCCUCGCCCUCGCGAAGACCACGAGCCGGCACCGCCUACACUUCGUGGUGUAGUCACGGUGUAGAAGCGCGCAGAGGCAAGCGCCAGCACCGACACACUCGCCGUCACAGCCAUGAGCAAACCAACAGACGUGCGCACGCGCAUUGUAACAGACUCACGGGUCCUAGCCAGUGUAUCCAGUAUCCAAUAGAACACUGAGUUUAGUGUUAUACCUAAUAUUUGUUACCUUCUCUGGGAUUAUGUACAGUUAGCUAAGUUUCUGUAUUUAUGACAAAUGACUACUUAAUUUUAUAGAAAUGUUUCUAUUUAUUUUCUCAUAUAUUGUCUAAGCGCACAAUAGUAUUUUUUGGGCAGUGUUUAUAAAAUUAUUGAAAAAAAAACAUCGUCGUAUAUUUGAAAGUUUAACAACGUUAUUAUCCAUAGUAUUCGCAUUUUGAACACCAAGUGUUCUUAUUACCACUGAUAUUAUAUUUUAUUUACUAGUAACUUUGAUGGUGCGUAUUUAAUUAUAAGUUCGCUUUUGUGUGUAUAGUUGUACAUAUCGUUAUUAUAGAUUUAGGUAAUAGGUAACUAACAAGUAUAAUUAUUAAAUAAAUGUUGAAAUCCUGGGAAUCUUAAUCUGGGUAUGGCGGCCGUAUUCUGAUGUCUUAUAACCACGAUUGUUCUAGUGAUAGAAAGAGAUGUCGCUAUACCCAAAGAUAGCACCAUCUCUUUUUAAUGACGGAUCAAUCAUGGCAACACCUCAUAAUACGGCCCCAGUAGGUAGUAUAAUUAAAUUUAAAUGAAACGAUGAAUUUCGUAGAUUUAGAACUAGCUCUUAGGCCCAAUUACAAUAUUCGAAGUCCGACAACUGAUAGAAGUUGGAGAAUGCAAUAAGAGGACUAAAAAUAAGUUGUAUGGUAAAGUAUGGUCCUAAUUUAACUGGAAGUUAGUAUAUUAAAUUAUACAGAAAAUGUGCUCAAUCCAAAUGGUGCUAUUUAAAAUGUUAAACACACACGCAAUUAGUUAAGUACGUGUUUGCAUAAAACAUUCCAAAUUAUUUUAAUAGUCAUUUGAGUAAUUUGAAUACGAUUACUGUACUUGGUGUUUUCUGCUCUGCCGAUCUAUUUUCGAUAUUACGAUAUCACAGGUAACAUGUAUUAUGUUUUAUAAAUUACUCAAAAAAACUAAAAUAUACAUUAAGCCAUUUCUAAGAAGUAUAUUAUAUUUGUUUGGAAACAGAUUUUGUACUUAAAGUAAACUCCUUUUUUAAGGAUGUUUCGCGAAUGUUAAUUAUUAUCAUUAAAUUAUAAAUAAUUUAAAUUUCA